UCGUCGUACCGUGACUGCUAGUUCGUCAUUCGUUUUUUCAAAAAUGGCCGAGUAGGUAGUGUGCCUCUGUGUAAUUCCAACAUCCAAGAAGUGCUCGUCGCCAUCUAAUUUGUAAAAAUCCAAAUAAUUCAGCAAGUAUUCCACACCUUGAACUACGGAAAACUAUCUGAGCAGUAGUGCGGUGCGUUUGAAGUUAUUCAAUGCUUGAAAAGACUCUGGUUUAUUGUGGUUUAUCGGGAAUAAUAAAUGUGGAUUUUUUUUCAAGACUCGCGAUACAAGUCUGAAGUUUUCCUCUUCCUCCGGAAGUUGCCUGUUCGUGUGCCUGUUGGCCGUGUGCCGAAAAAAAGAAUCAGAAUAAAAUUUUGGUAGAAUCUUUCAUAGAGAUAUAAAAUUGGGAUCAUCCCGAAAACGAUGUGUAUGCGAGAGCAAUAAGAAAAUUUUACGAUACGAAGGUUACGGGGAAGGUGGUUUCCAAAGUGUAGAAAAGAUUUUUCUCCUGAAUCAUCCACAAAGCAUACUUGGAUGGGUAUCUAUUAGGUCGUACAGCAGAAACAUCAGCCAGAAGCAGAAGGUAGUCCCGUUUUCAGAAGAGCGAGAAAAGCGCAAAGAAAUCCAAGAAAACCACGACAACGUCGUAGGAAGAAAGGAAAAAAGUGAAAAGUAUUCGCCAGAAGCAGCAGCACGCAGCAGGAAAAAAAGCAGAAGCACCACUAUACAGUGAGGAUUAUUGGUAUAGAUCAGCAGAUCGGUGCUCUUGGUCGUGAUUGUGUUCGUAUGUACUCCGCUCGGAUCGGCACGACCAGAAUAUCGAGGUGAAAUUGAAGAAAAUUUCUGGAAGUUCUCCGUCUGUAGAUCGACCGGAAGUUCGGGAGACAAAGAACUUUGUCAAGGUUGAAAAACACCUUAAAAGGCGGAUGGUGACUGCAAAAACUCAUCAAUCUGUAUCAACCCAUCAGUAUAUCGAUCGUAGAUUGGAUCAACGACCACUAAAUCCAAACUGAAUAAUUCGGAUUCACACCUAUUGCUAUAGGUAGUCACUUGUUGCAAUACCAGCGUGAUUAGAAUCCAAAUCGCGGCUUGUGGUUGUGUUAUGGUCAGCGUUGAGGGAAUUCGUUCAUUGAAACGCGUGCAUUAUUUAAUCUCGCAGAAAAGGAAGAGUAAAACCAGCUUGAGCAACUGGUUAUCUGGGUAAGAAGAGGGAAAUAAUAAUACACCUAUAGACGAAAAUCGGGGGUUCUUACGGUCUUUGUGUUCUAAGUUUCCAUUCAAACAACAAUUAAUUUGAAAGGAAAAAGGAGAAAACGGAAAAAGUGGUUUAUCGAGAAGAAAAUCUUCCCCCAGCUACAGUGCAAUAUUGUAAGGGGAUAGUGCCGGUUGUGAGAAAACAGUGAAAUUUGUGUUGCGGGAAUAUUCGGCAGAUCUGCCGCUCGUAGGAGCACCACAUUUUUAUGUAUUGCGGUAAUCAGAGUAGUAUGGCUACUCUGUUACAGCAAAAAAGUUUUAUGAAAAAUUUGACCAAUGGAACCAAUAGUGUGGUAGUCGUAAACAGCACCGAUGACAACCAGCCAGGAACGAGUGCGAUGGCUGCAGCAGGUACUACGAUGGCCUCCAUUUCCGGCACUGCUUCGCGGAUGCUGUUGCCACAUGAAACUAUGGGCCUACCUCCGUUGAUCCAUCAGCAGCCUCUCAUUCAUCAACAAACGAAUGUCAACAGUUCAUUCGCCACCACACCUGCCUCCAGUUCCAAUAGUGUUAAUAGUUUCAAUAGCCAGUUUAUUAGUCAUCUUCAGAGCAAUCAUAGCUUAUCAUCUCCGCAACUAUUUGGCAGUACCAGUAGUAGUCAACAUAACAUCAUGUCCACCGUGAAUCCCACCACUUCCUUCCAAAGUCAGUUUAGCAAUGCAUAUAUAGAUGUCAAUGCAAUAUUUCGUACCGCAUCACCCGAUUCCACCUCGAGUACUACGUCAAUGCAAUCCUUCGUGUCACCUCAUCAGUUGCCACACAUGACAACAAACAGCGGUAGUAGUUUAGGUUAUAUCAAUGGAACCUCACAGUCGUUGAUGGCACAAAAAGGACCAAACCAAAACCUAACACAACAGCAGCAGCAUCAGCAUCAACAACAACAUUUACAACAGACUGCAUCCGAGAGCGAGACUGCCAGCGCGAUUGCGUCCAACGCAUCCUCCGCCAUCACCAGUGCGAGUGAUGAUCAAUUUCUCACUGCCACGGAAACGUCCUCGAAGACAAUAACAAACGAUAAGGAUCAAGAGCAGCAUGAACAAGAACAGGAACCGGAACCAGAGAUUGAUAUUGUUAUCAACAACGUGGUGUGUUCGUUCAGUGUUCAUUGUCACCUUAAUUUGCGUGGUAUCGCCCUCAACGGGUUUAAUGUAGAAUACCGCCGGGAAAAUGGUAUGGUCACGAUGAAGCUUCGCCGUCCGUACACGACGGCUUCGAUUUGGUCUUCGGGGAAAAUUACUUGCACCGGCGCCACAUCCGAGGAUCAGGCAAAGGUUGCGGCUAGACGUUACUCGCGUUGCCUUCAAAAGUUAGGAUUUAAUGUUAGGUUUAAGAAUUUCCGCAUUGUAAACGUACUAGGGACAUGCAGUAUGCCUUGGAAUAUCCAGAUUAUCAAUUUCUCCGAGACGUAUAAGAAAGAUGCCAGCUAUGAGCCGGAGUUGCAUCCUGGUGUCACCUAUAAGCUGCACAGUCCCAAGGCAACCUUGAAGAUAUUUUCCACCGGUAGCAUCACAGUAACUGCUGCAAGUGUUGCCAAUGUACAAGCUGCAAUAGAGCACAUCUAUCCGUUGGUGUACGAGUUCCGCAAAAAACGUACACAGCAAGAGAAGCUUGACUUGAUGAAAUCAACCAACCCUACGGUCGAAGAAGAAUGUGAUAUAACAGCGUUCGGGCAGGGCGAACGCGAUGAAGAUGAUGAUGAGGAUGACAUCGACGAGGAUGAUGACGAGUUCGACGACGAUGAAGAUGUUCACAACAGCAGCACCAAAGCAAUAAGAAGAAACAAGCGAAGAAAUCCCCGAAGGGUGUGCAAGUCUCGCUUCAGUAGCUUCCGAAAAAACGGAAGUGCAAAACGCCCCGCAGGGAAAGCUGAAAACGAUCCUAACGAAGAUAUCAUGUACGUGUCAGAAGAUGAAGUUGAAGAAGUAAUCGAGAGUGACGACGAUUAAGAUGUCGCUCAGCCAUGUGCAUUCAGGAAGUUGCCAGGAAGGCGACUUCCGGAAUCCUCUCUGGGUUUAAAUUUCAUUGAAGCGCUUGUUUAAUCUUGUUUUGUUCUUGUUCUAUCAUUUAUUCUAUUAUUUUUAAUAGAAAUAUCAUAUUUUUUUCUUGAAAGAAUUAUUUUUCAAAUUAUUUUGUAUCGAAUUUCUUCGAUGGGAUAUGCCACGAUGCCAAUGAACAUACAAGAUAGAGACUAUCGUAAUUUUCCUUCUACGAAUAUGAGUUAACGUUACAAACUCGUGAAUAACCAGAGUAACUACAAAUCCUGUGAAUAAUAUUUAUGUAUUCAAAUGAAACAAUUAUUCAGUUUCGCAAGCUUUUCGAGCCAAAUAGUUUAGAAAUAUGCAUAAGGAUAUACCACUACCACCACCAUAUGUACACAAUAUACAAAUCGAAAACCAGAUACUCUAUUAUGCUGCACAAAUGGGGAAACAAUUUUUGUCGCUAAUUCGAUACCAGCAGUUGGCAACAAAAAUUCUUUCCAAACUGAUUAUCCAUCCGGUCACAUGGAGUGCCAACUUAUAAUGUUACACUAUUCAAUAUAAAAUGGUUAAUUUAAUCGAUUGGAGUAAUCGAAGAGAUAUUAGUGCCAACUGCCAAAGGGUUUCAGUUAUGUGAAGAGUCAAAUGUGACGUGUCCCCAUUUGUGUCACGCUGGGAUGUUGAAAGUAUACGUUCCUACAAAACACGAAAUAUGCGGGUUGUGCCUGCUCUAACAAUCAUCGAGAAACGUUUCGGCUUAGGUCAAGUUCGGCACUCUCCAUAAGGUUGAACAUGGAACGUUGAUAUUUCCACAAAUUUGUUUAAAUGUAGAUAUUUGUAUUUAUUUUAGGCCAAGGUAAUUUGGGGCGCACGACAUGUCGCUCUGGGAUGAUAAUACUACACACAUACAAUCACCUAUUACGAAUCAAAAUUUGCGCUUAUUUCUCUUAUUACAAAUUGGCUUCUCUUAAGUUGUUUUUUCUUAUGUUAGUUAGUUAAACUAGACACGUUUGUUUGUUACGUUCUUCCAGCUAGAAGCAAACCUUGUGUGUCUUACGUAGCUAUUUUAUUUCUUUGGAAUAAAAAGAUCAGAAGAAUUCCUCCGGGUUUGAGGAACUGACCAAAUGUGACCAUGUUUUGAUGAUCACAUGUAGAAUGUUUGUUUUGUGCAUUUCUUUUGUUCUUGCAAUCAUGUCCAAUAAUUUACCUUUUUUAUUGUUUUUGCCACAGAAAAAACUAUUUUUUUUCUAAAUAUUUUUUUCAGGUUUUUCCUGUUUAGUUCAAGUUAAAAAAUAACGCCACUGAAAUGUGUUUAAAAUAUCUAUCUUGUGUGAUUUAAAAUUUUGUUUUUUCCUCAGCUUCCAAAUUCAGCUUCGAUCAAAAUCUUUAAAUUUUCCAAAGUAUCCUGAAAUGAAACGUUUAUAGAACUAAAAAUUGGUUAUUGCUCAUAUGACCAAAACUUAGAAAGUUGAAUGCUUUAAAAAAAUCAUUUCAUGUGAAUUCAAAGUAUCAUUUCGAUAAAUUCCUUUGAAUUCAUCCACUGUAUUUGAAAACUCCAUAUACUAGUAUUUCACUAGCUAAUAACUAACAGCCUUACUGAUAAUGCUAGCAAGUAGCUAGUGAAAUAAUAGUAUUUGGGUUUCUUAUAUACAUACUGUGGCUGAAUUCAAAGGAAUUCAUCGAUUACUUUGAAAUCAUAGUUUCUUCAAACUUUCUCUUUGAAUGUAAGUCAUUUAAUGUUUUUGGGUCCGGAAAACUUUGAAUUUUCGGAAAAAAAAACGAUUUUGUAUGUUUCGAAAAAGGCUAAUUUUUAUAUUUCCGAGCAUAUUUAAUUAAUUGUGUUUUACGAAAUUGAACAAUCGGUUAGAAAUUUCAAUCAUAUCCAAAAAAAAAUCAAAAUAUCAGACAAAAAUAUCUAACACCUAAAUCCUACCGGUGUCAAUGUUUUCUUUUUUUAUGAAAAAGACUCCUUUGGGUCUUUGACAACAUUAAAACAUAUGAUGUAUUAUCAAUUUCUACUAAUGUCAAUAUAAAAAAAAAUUUCCAACAUCCUACAGAUACAAUUGUAGGAAAAAUAAAUCAGCAACGCCACAUACCACACCAAACAUAUGAAACAAUAUUGCAAAUAACCAGAAUACGAAAAAUCUCUCAAAACAUAUUUAAAUUAUAGAUACUGUGGUCAAUUCGUCCUCAAUUCGUUCUAGUUUGAUUGCAGUUAAUUCAAUGAAUAUUUUUGCUUCAUAUCAUAAAAAAGGUAAAACGAGAAAUUUGUGGAUUCGGAUAAAAACCGCUUUAGGGUUAAUAAAAACGAAAGGAUUUGAAAGGAAAUGAAACGGAAGAACAAAAGUGCUUUUUUGUACAUUGAACGAUAUAUAUUAAUCACUUAUUAAGGAUAAAAUCUGACAAUUCACUACUAUAUGGUUUUGUGUAGUAAUAGCAUCGAACCAGAUAUGUAAAGCUGCGACAAAAACAUUUAGGAACGAUAAGCAACAAAGAAACAAGCCUUUUCUUCUUACAACCACCCUUGUAUUCACUUGGAAAACGUGAAUGGGCGAAAAUGUGACAUCGUCAUAAGAAAAUUGUCACUAAAAUCUACUAACAUAUAAAUAUUUAAUUAAACAUAACCCUGUUUCUAUUCAUCCUAGUCCACUGUUUACUCAUCUCUCAGUUUCCAAACUGUGCUUAGUAAAAUCAAUAACGAAUGGAAAGUGUCUGACGAACAACACUCACACAAUUUACACUGGAUCAUUCAAAACGCCACCACUUUUAUCGAGAUAUUUAGCAAACGAAUGUUAUCGUGGAACAAGAAAUGAAGCGUUAAAAUAUUCAUACAAACUAUGACACAAUACAUAAACGUAAAGAAAUAAGUGAAAACAACCAAAGACUAAUUUACAAAAGAAAAAGAGCAUAACACAAAAAUAAUAAACUAUUUCAGAUACGAAAUAUGUGGCAGAAACCUAAACCAAUUUAAUGGAAAAUUAGUAUGCAAAUUGCAAACUGAGUAAAAUUUAAGCCACUCAAUACUUUUGAGAGGAUCCUUUUUACAAAAACUAUGUUAAAACUAAUUCGAUUUCCCAGUAAAAUCAAUGGUAAACGAAAUGGCUCUUGAGAAAUGUUGCUACUGAUGCCAAGUUGGAUUUUUUUAUGUGCCUUGACUUUUUCAACAACAAAAAAUUUGAAUGUCAUAACAACCGAAGGCCAUUAUUAUGACAGGAAUCUUCGAUGAAUGAAUACUUAACAGAUUUGGAUAUACCACUUUUCUUAUAUCGUAUGUUAACGGAAUACGUACUUGAAGCUUUUUUUGAUAGAAUGUUCAAAAUCAUUGGCUUCAUUUCUCAAGCAGUCAUCUUUUUCGAGAACAGAAAUCUCAAAUAAUUAUUAUUUGUAUUGAAUAACAAAAAACCAUGUUUAUGAAUGUGAUCACUUGAGUCAUUUAAUGGACAUUCUGCUUAACUGAUUCCUAGUAACAAAAAAGCGUUACAUAGUUGAAAAUAAUAUGACCAUCAAAGUCAGCUCUGCUAAACAUGAGUUAUUAAAAAUCAUCUACCCGAUGUCAAGUGCCCAUAUCAUUGUUCCUUGUAGAAAAAAAGCAGCGGUUAUUUGAAUUUACAAUUCGAACAAUACAGGACCGACAACGAACGCAUGCGGAAGGCGACUCUGAUCACAUGAAUACAAUUAUUCUUCCCAAAGCCCAAUCCUACUGCUUUAUAUGUUGUCCACAGCAACUAUACCUACAACAAUAAAAAUCAAAUCUUUUAUUUUUGUAUCUGUGGGAUUCGCUCUCGUUUUUGAAGAGAGUGCAAUUCAAACUGAUCAAUAAUAACUCAAAAGUAAAGCAAAGGAAACGAUGGAGCAAGAAACAGUUUAAAAGUGAUGUAGAAAACUAAGUUCAUACAUCUUUAAAUACCUAUACACACAUCAGAAAUAAUGAUGGCCAGCAAAUAACUAUUAAAGAGAAAGUAUAAAAUAAAUUUACGCAAGAAACAAUUCAUUUAUAUACUUGGGGUGUCGGGAAGAUACUUUAAGAGUGUGUCCCGUAUUCCGGUUGAAGCCGAACCCUGGGGGAUGGAUAGACCGAUAUUAAGUGAUUGAAGUAAUUUGGUGUCUUUUUUGUAAGAGAAAGAGAAGCAAGAAUUAAACUGCAUUAAGCGACAAGCGCGAUUACAGUAAUACAUAAAUAUAUAUAUUGAAAAUCAACAAAAGAAAUACACACGUACAUACACUCACAACACACACAUGCAUACAUACACAAGUGAAGAAAAGUAAAGAAAGCAAGAGUAACAAAUUUUGUUGUAAGUAGGAAAAAAACUAAUAAUUUUAUAUAUUGUGUUUGUAGUAGGAGAACAAAAACUAAAUAAAAUGCCUAAGACUAGAAAAGAGAGAGAGAAAGAGAGAACAAAUGUGAAGAUGAAUAACAUUAAAAUAUUGAAGAAAAAAAUAAAAUGGAACAAAAAAUAAAUACAACGGUAUAGCGAAAAUAAAUUGAAACAAUUGAUGGAUCAAUAAACAACUUUGA